AACCGUGUAAUGUAAAGUGUUAAUAUAAUUUGGAAUAAACAGCUGGAAGAUUUUCUACGACAAGUGCAAAUAUAUUUAGAUUCAUUAUAAUAUUGAGAUAUUUGAAAAGGAUACCAUACGCAGUGAAAAUGUCUGAAGAAACAAUUAUGGAUGAUCAGAAAAUUAAAAUUGAGCCACUAGAACUUUCAAUAGAAGACAUAAAACUUGAAAAUGAAUGUGAUUUUGAAGGUAUUGUUAAGUCUGAAUCAUGUUUAGAAGAUGAUGAAACUUGUCGGGAAAGAUUUAUGAAUUCCGAAAUAACUAUUGAAGAAGAAAUCAAACAGGAGGUAAUUGAGACACCCGAUUGUGAAUAUGACAAUAGUAAUAGAUCAUUUUCAGAAUCUAAUUAUUCGAAAGAGCACAUGGUUGACCACAUACCUAGAAAUGGCAAAAAUGGCAACAGGAAAUGCAAUGUAUGCGAUAAGACAUUUAAAUAUUCAUCAAAAUUGCAACAACACAUGAUUACUCAUAGCACAGAACGCCCUAUCGAAUGCAAAAUCUGUCAUAAGACGUUGAAAGAAAAUAGCAUUUUGAAAAGACAUAUGCUUAUUCAUACAGGAGAACGCCCGUUCAAAUGCAAAAUCUGUCAUAAGACGUUGAAAGAAAAAAACACUUUGACAAAACAUAUGCUUAUUCAUACAGGAGAACGCCCGUUCAAUUGCAAAAUCUGUCAUAAGACAUUCAGACGAAAAGCUAAUUUGAAAUCACAUAUGCUUUUUCAUACAGGGGAACGCCCUUACAAGUGUAAAAUAUGCAGUAAAACAUUUUCACAAUCGAGUGUCUUGAAUAGGCACAUGCGUAUUCAUACAGGGGAACGCCCUUUCAAAUGUGAUACAUGCAAUAAGGAAUUUGCACAUUCGAACAGCUUGAAGAGUCACAAAGUGAAUGUUCAUAAUAGAAAACUUGAUGAAGAUCAAUGAAAUAUUAACAAGCAGA